CAAGCAAAUAAGAAUAAAUACCUCGGUUGAUGGAUUCGUUUCAAUUAAAUUAUUUCUUUAAUUGUUUAAUUUCAGUCUAUAAAUAUAUAAUGUUUCCUACGGUAUAUCAGGGUAUAUAGCGUGUCGCGUUCGCAGUCGACUGCCUUCGUUGAAAAGUUUACCCCAAAUGUCAAAUACCUAAAUAAUCUUAACAUCAAUAGAUAUUAUGUGCAGAUGUGGAAUAGAUAUUUUUUAAAAGAUUUCCGUGUGAUAACUUCAAUGAAAAUGUCGCUGACGACAUGGACGAGCUCUGUUGUAUUGUGCAUUCUACUCCCUAUCGUUGUUUUUGCAAUAGAAAUACAUGACAGCUUGGAUAAAGUAGACAACCCAAGAAGUAGAACAGUUAUAAUUAAGUAUGAAGGAACUCAGAACGAAGUGGAAGAGUUUGGAAAAGGACUAGGUUUAGAAUUUCACAAAAAGGCAUUUGGAGAGUGGUACAUUUUCAGAAUUCCACAUUCUAAUAUCAACUCUCUUGUCCCAAUUGAUGUUCCAGAUCUUCAUAUAAGUCUGAGUAAAGCCAAACGAAUUGACAGUAAGGUAAAAUACAUAGAACAAGAAAAGUACCGGAAACGUUCUAAACGUCAACUGACAAUUAAUGACAAGGAAUGGCCAAACCAAUGGAAUAUGCAACCAACACAUAGACCAAAUAUGAACGUUCACAAAGCUUGGGAAAUGGGUUAUACCGGAAAUGGAAUAGUCGUUGCCAUAAAUGAUGACGGGGUUGAUGGUGACCACCCAGAUUUGAUUAAUAACUACAACUUUUCUUUAAGUUAUGAUUUCGUAAAGGAAGUUGAUGAUGCAUCACACAAGGACGAAGGCGACGGUCACGGCACCAACUGUGCGGGUCUCGUGGGCGCUGUAAAAAAUACAAAUUGUAUAAUUGGGACAGCAUACGAGUGCACAAUGAUAGGCUUUCGGUCGCUUGGCACACCCUUCGAUGAUGACAUUAGAUCGAUACCGUCUGUAGAAGCUAUGUCACUGACACACAAUUAUGAAUAUAUUGAUAUUUAUAGUAACAGUUGGGGACCUGAUGACGAUGGCAUUGCCAUGGAGACUCUUGAUCCAAUUCUAGAGGACGCAUUUGAGCUGACAAUAAAAGAGGGACGCGGUGGUAAGGGUACAAUUUAUACAUUUGCAUCUGGAAAUGGUGGACUAGCCGAUAGUUGCAACGCCGACCCGUAUUCCGGAAGCAUGUAUACGAUUUCCGUCGCUGCAGUCAAUGAGAAUGGAGCUCGCCCGUGGUACAGUGAGCCUUGUACAUCCAUACUUGUGGCAGCUUUUAGCGGUGAUGAGGGUUUACUCAACAUUACAACAACAGGUCCCGACGCAACCUGUGUGGAUAACUUUGAUGGAACAUCCGCAGCAACGCCACAGGUGUCCGGUAUAAUUGCUUUGACACUUGAAGCUAACCCUGAUCUGACCUGGAGGGAUGUGCAACAUAUGCUGGUAGAACUUUCGAACAAUUCAGCACUAGACCAACAAGAAAAAGCUUAUAUGUAUUAUACAAAUGGAGCCGGGAAGAAAGUUAGCCUUUACUUUGGGUUUGGCUUAAUUGAUGCAAAAGCAAUGGUUGAAAAUGCACCAAAUUGGCCGCCUUCACCACCUAGAAUAUCCUGUAGCACAGGGAAUGUCUUCAUUGAUUGGUAUGAGACAAAUGUAAAGGAAUUCGAUGAGGCAUCCAUAAUCUCAAACUGUUACAUAAAAUAUCUUGAACAUCUUGAGGUGUUUAUUAAGUAUAACACCUCAUAUCGAGGCGAUGUGGAAUUUUACUUAAUAUCUCCAAUGGGAACUGAAAGUUUGCUUCUUCCCAGACGUGUGUACGAUAACGUAACGGAGUAUACAACAUCAAUAUUCAUGUCUGUUCAUAACUGGGGUGAAGAUCCGAAUGGGGAAUGGGCCCUAACAAUUUAUCCUGUCUAUGAGGGCAUGGACUUGCACCUAGUCGAGUGGGCUAUUGGUCUAUAUGGUACUGCUACAAACCCCGCAGAUGGAAUUCCU